ACUCGCCACGGUCACAUUUGGCCUCGGGACUAGAGUCCUGAGCGCCGAGCUGAGAGGGUUAAACCAGGAGACUUCCCUUACCUUGAACAAGUUAAAAAUGUCUGCAGUCUGCAUCUCUUAAAGGGGCGGUGCCGGUUAACAAGGAGUCUUGGCACCGGCUGCUGGAAAGGCUGGUCAGGGGCGUGAGCUCCCCUCCACCAGCACCAAAACAUUGCAAAAAAAGGCAGCGAGCCCCGCACUUUCGAUAAGGACAAUUAGCCGAAAGAGGGGUGUAAUUAGCGGGGUCCCGCAGCUCAGCAUGCCCCAUGCCAGCUCCUGCCCGCCGGGGCUCCUCGCCCUCCUGGCCCCUUGGCUGGCUCUCCUGGCGCACCUCUCCCUUUCCUCCCAAGCCGGGGACAGGCGAGCGGUCCCGGUGGAGAAACCUCCAGGUGUGAAGGGCAGGACUCUCAUUCUUCUGGAUGUGAACACCAAGAGCCCCGUCAGGGUAACCAGUGAGAACUUCCUCUCCCUGCAGCUGGACCCCUCCAUCAUCCAGGAUGGCUGGCUCGAUUUCCUAAGCUCCAGGCGCCUGGUGACCCUGGCCCGGGGCCUGGCUCCCGCCUUCCUGCGCUUCGCGGGGAAGAGAACCGAUGUCCUGCAGUUCCAGAACCUGAAGAACCCGGCCAAGAGCCGCGGGGGCCCCGGCCCGGACUAUUACCUCAAGAACUACGAGGACGACAUUGUCCGCAGCGACAUUGCCCUGGAUAAGCAGAAAGGCUGUAAGAUUGCCCAGCACCCAGACAUUAUGUUGGAACUGCAGCGAGAAAAGGCAGCUCAGAUGCAUUUGGUUUUGUUAAAGGAGCGGUUCUCAAACACAUACAGCAACCUCACGUUAACAGGUCUUCCUCAAGCUGGACAGAGCGGAAUGGACCAUCUCAUCCGGCUGUGCCCCUGCCAUGCAUUACAGUUGGCCUUAGGAUUGGAUGAAAAACUGAGAGAGGGAGACAGGACAGAAGGAAGGUCUCUAGACAAACUCUAUAACUUCGCCGACUGCUCUGGCCUCCACCUGAUCUUUGCGCUGAAUGCCCUGCGCCGAAAUCCAGAUAACUCCUGGAACAGCUCCAACGCGCUCAGCCUGCUGAAGUACAGUGCCAGCAAGAAAUACAACAUCUCCUGGGAGCUGGGCAACGAGCCCAACAACUAUCGGACAUUGACUGGCCGCACCGUGAAUGGCAGUCAGCUGGGGAAGGACUAUAUCCAGCUGAAGAGUCUGCUGCAGCUUAUCCGUACCUACGCCAGAGCCAGCCUCUAUGGGCCCAGCAUUGGGCGGCCCAGAAAGAACGUCAUCGCUCUCCUGGAGGGGUUCAUGAAGGUGGCUGGCCGCACAGUGGAUGCUGUUACCUGGCAACAUUACUACAUUGAUGGCCGAGUGGCCAAAGUGACGGACUUCCUGAAAACACGCCUGUUAGACACGCUCUCUGACCAGAUCAGGAAAAUCCAGAAAGUGGUAAAUACCUAUGCACCUGGGAAGAAGAUCUGGCUUGAAGGUAUCGGAGCCACCUCAGCUGGAGGCACGAACAAUCUCUCGGAUUCGUACGCUGCUGGAUUCCUGUGGCUGAACACCUUGGGCAUGUUGGCCAACCAGGGCAUUGAGGUGGUGAUGCGACACUCGUUUUUUGACCAUGGACAUAAUCACCUUGUGGACCAGAACUUUAACCCUUUGCCGGAUUACUGGCUCUCGCUCCUGUACAAGCGCCUGGUGGGGCCCAGGGUGCUGGCCGUCCACGUGGCAGGGCUCCAGCGGGAGCCGCGCCCCGGCAGGGUCAUUCGGGACAAGCUCCGCAUCUACGCUCACUGCAGCAGCUCCCACAGCCACAGUUAUGUCCGAGGCUCCAUCACCCUCUACAUCAUCAACCUGCAUCGCUCCCGGAAGAAAAUCAAGCUUGUGGGGACGCUGCGAGAUAAGCUGGUUCACCAGUACCUGCUGCAGCCGCAUGGCACGGACGGGCUUCACGCCCGGUCCGUGCAGCUCAACGGGCAGCCGCUGGCCAUGGCAGAUGAUGGGACACUUCCUGAGCUGAAACCUCGCCCUCUUCGUGCUGGCCGCACCCUGGUCAUCCCACCACUGACCAUGAGCUUCUAUGUGGUGAAGAACGUUAACGCCCUGGCCUGCCGGUACCGAUAGCUCUGCCCGAAAGCCACUGGCCAAGACGAGACCUGCUGGACCUGCUUUAACCCUCCCCUGUCCUCUCGCUUCCUGCACAGAACUUGCUGCCUGUCGGUGGGGCUGUGACCUGCCCAUUGCAGACUGGGCCCCCCACUCCUGGGGACUCUGCACCCGGAGGGAUGUGCGUCAUCACUGGCAGGUCCUGUUCCCCUUGGAGAAUAGCCACUCAGAGCGGAGGAGUCCCGAGCGACUCCUCCAGCGUGGCCCAAAGGCCCGGCAAACCCUCCCCUCAGCAAUACCUGGCCAGGCUGGCAGCUUGGCCCCGGGAUAGCUGUGCCUGCGGGGGAGAACAUGACUCCAUUGGUGAGACAACUGGCUCCUCCUGGAAAAGCUGGGACCUUGAGGCCCUGGUGCAGUGACAGAGACCUGCGACUCAGGGGCGAUGGGGCCUGGGAGUUGGGGGCCACACGCCCUCUUCACACCAUCAGCGUUUCUUCCACAGGACUAGUGAAAAUCCGGCUGCUGAAUUCGGCCUGUGCGCACGGCCGGCCCGGCUCCGAGGGAUCGGACUGCAGGGGAUAGCGCUGCACCAGGCCGGUUCCUUAGUGAUUAGGGGAGCUGGCUCCUUGCUCUGGGGGAAGGGCAGAGACAGGGAGCUCAAGGGUUGUGUUCUUAGCCUGGGACAGGGAGCAGAGGCACAAGCACUGCAAAGGGGCAGAGCUAACCCAGCUGGCUAGAGCCAGCCCAGCCCCUCAGAGUCUCCCCUUCCCUGCGCUAAGCAAGGCUGCGGGGAACUGUGGGCAUCAUCCCGGCUCUGCGCUCCCCAGGGCGCUUUGCUCUCGGGCACUUUGCUGGACAGAAGGUGCCUCUCCACCCUGCCAGCCUCCCGGCCGCCCUUCUCCCCACACUGCCGUGCCACCGCCCAUGGCAGCUCCACCCUGCCAGCCUCCCGGCCGCCCUUCCCUCCCCACACUGCCGUGCCA